AUGGUUGCAUUGAGAUACAACUGUAUAGUCUCAUUUUGCAUCAGGCGUUAUUCAUCAACCAUAACUACCAGUGGCGUCCAAGGUGUACAGGGUAGACUUCCAACGUAUCCUUCCACCUCAAACAACUCAAGUCAAUCACUAUCAAUCACAGAUCCUUACCAACUAUACCAAAACUAUGUUGCACUGGGCUUGUUGGAGAAAGACGAAGCACAAGUACGUGUAAUGAAAGAGUUUCAAAAACUCUAUCAUCGUGUUAUAGAUUAUGUACCCCCUGAAGACUUAUCAAUCAAAUUAAGUCUAGUUUUACGGCAAAUUGAAGUCAAACAAGCAGAACAAAAUACGAGAAAGAGAUCACCGUUGCGAUAUUUCAAAAAGGAUCCGAGAAAGGAAAAACAAUCAUUGAUCAAGUAUAUGACUGAUGAGGAGGAGUUGAUUAAUUUUCCCUCCCCUCAAGGUCUUUUAGUGAAUGGCGAAGUUGGGUCGGGGAAAUCAUUACUUAUGGAUAUAUUUGCUUCCUCACUACCUCAUGCAUCGAAGAUGCGAUGGCACUAUAAUAAUUUUAUAUUAUACGUGUAUAGUGAGAUCCACAAUAUACAGCAACAUCGAUUUAAAACCAUGAAUCGAAAGAUGAAUGAAUUCAAGAUGGAAAAUGAGUUCAUUUUAUACGAAGUGGCCCAAAAGAUGAUUCAAAAAAAUACCAUAUUGAUGCUUGAUGAGUUUGUGUUACCGGAUAUUGCCAGUGCUAAUAUUAUCAAAAUAUUAUUUACAUUCUACUUUAAACUUGGUGGAGUACUUGUUGCUACAUCGAACAAGCUACCCGAGGAAUUAUACUCAGCACAAUUUAGUAAAGGGAAAUUCAAGAGCUUCGUCGGUAUUUUGAAUGCAAGAUGCCGAUCCAUCGACAUGAAGUCAGAAAAGGAUUAUCGAACCUAUUUUGCUAACGAGUCUUUAGAGAAGCCUCAUCUUGUGGUUCGCAAGGACAAUCCAAACGAAAAGAAAGAGUGGCAUCAUUUGAUCAAAUUCAAAGCACUUGGUAUCUCAGAAGACUCCCCACUCAUACACCAAUCGUUAUCGAGUUUGGGAAGCCCAUCUUCUGUUACUGUUUAUAAUAGAACCACACAUAUACCUUUGACGUUCAACAAUGACACAAUAUGUUAUCUUGACUUUUCCCAAAUCUGUCAGGGACUCACUUCAUCUUCUGACUACAUUACAAUUGCUUCGAAAUAUCGUACCGUAAUCUUGGAUAAUGUACCAAUUAUGACCACAAAGAUGAAAAAUGAGGCAAGAAGAUUUAUCACCUUAUUAGAUGCAAUAUAUGAAGCCAAAUGUCAAUUCUUUAUGAGAUCGCAAGUUGAUGUCGAUUACUUGUUCUUUCCUGAUGCACUAAAGAUCGAUGACCAGGAGUUCAUAAACUAUUUGAAACUUCACUCAAAUUCAGAUACCGCUACUGAUAGAUUAGAGGUUCAAGAUGAAGAAAUGUUUGCUAAAACAUCGAUUGCCAUGGAAAACCCCUAUAGACCAAAUAUCGUUUCCUAUGAUCAAGAAGAUACAGACCAUUAUGACGAACCUAGCAAAGUCAAUACCGACAAGUCGAAUUUUGCCAAUAUAAAAGUCUUUACUGGUGAUGAUGAGAAAUUUGCAUUUAAAAGAGCUGUUUCUAGAAUAAAAGAAAUGAUAGGAUCUGAUGUUUGGAGAAAAGCUGAACGUUGGGUUCCAAUUGAUGCCACAAUGAGACCCUGGGAACAAACGCUUGUGAAGAAUGGCGCACUGACAUCUCGGCAACAGAAUAUGCAUGAGGACGAUCAGAAAAUGAAGGAGUUAUUUGAGGAGAAAUCAAUAAAAGAAAUCACCAAAGAUAUUAGCACUACUCUUCCACGCCGUUAUUCCCAAAGUGAACGUAUCUCAUUCCCCUUUUUCAACUCCAAAAUUGCCCCUGUUUUUGAAAACCUACUGCAUUUUUGGGCUAUGGGGCCUUGGAAUAAUGGACAAGGAAAGAGGUUGAAGGACGCAAUUAGUCGUAGUUGGGUUAGGUCUAGUGUUAGAAAUGACGAAGAAAAGUAG